AUGUUGGUACAACUGAGCUCAUUUCGUAUUCUCAUUCGCUUCUGGCCGAACUCCAUCGACCGCGUUCAGAACUGGAAAGGAUUCCACGCGUUCUUUAAACUUUACCGGUGUUCUUCGAGGCAUUCGCUCGUUCACAUACCGCGGGAGGACGCGGGCUGGCGAAUUCGAGGAAUACACGGAGGCCGCGGCGAGCGACCUGAAACCCCCCUACCACUGCGUGUCGUAUCCGACGAAGGCGCCGAUAAUAUUGCCGUUCAAAGUUGUUGCAAUACAUCACUUGUUUUGACCUAUACCUUCACGAAUAGUCAAUGCAAAACCGUCGUUGUACGUCGUUUGGAGAAAGGCUCGCACCAAAUAGAGUGUAAAACGAAACGACAUAAGACGGAGUGGUUCGAUGCAAGUGCGACGAUGCAUUAUGCAGUUGGCGUCGAUAGAAUUACUGAAAGUCUGCAUCAUCAUAAACUAAGUUUGGCUAAUACUUUGAGAGUUUAG